UCGCUCAACUAUCGAUUAAAACAUAAAGGAGCCUAGGUUUUAUUCCAGCAUUGGUCUGACGAUGGGUCUGAUGUGUAAUACAGUUCCAAAUGGGGAAAUGCAAUUGCAGGAAGACUAUAUAUCAACAAAUACAGAUCUACUAUAAAUAUGUGAUCUAAUCGGGAUGCUACAGAAGGAAAGAUGCUUAAAAGCCUCCAAUGCUCAGAAGGGACCAUUCUCAAUACACAAUAUUGGAAUUUUGUUUUAAAAUCCCCAAAGAGAACUACAUGUAGUAUACAAACUUAGAGAAGGCAGUGACAGUUAAAAAUAAUUUUCUAGACCAUCCUAGACCAUGUAAUCCCUUGGAGUGUUCAAGAUCAUCCUCGACCAUGUAAACCCUCGGAGCGUUCAAGGCCAUCCUAGACCAUGUAAUCCCUCAGAGUGUUCAAGGCCAUCCUAGACCAUGUAAUUCUUCAGAGUGUUCAAGAUCAUCCUCGACCAUGUAAUCCCUCGGAGUGUUCAAGACCAUCCUAGACUAUGUAAUCCCUUGGAGUGUUCAAGGCCAUCCUAGACCACGUAAUCCCUCGGAGUGUUCAAGACCAUCCUAGACCAUGUAAUCCCUCGGAGUGUUCAAGACCAUCCUAGACCAUGUAAUCCCUUGGAGUGUUCAAGGCCAUCCUAGACCACGUAAUCCCUCGGAGUGUUCAAGGCCAUGCUAGGCCAUGUAAUCCCUUGGAGUGUUCAAGGCCAUCCUAGACCAGGUAAUCCCUUGGAGUGUUCAAGGCCAUCCUAGACCACGUAAUCCCUCGGAGUGUUCAAGGCCAUGCUAGGCCAUGUAAUCCCUUACAGUGUUCAAGGCCAUGUAAUCCCUCGGAGUGUUCAAGGCCAUCCCAGACCAAGUAAUACCUCAAUAGGUUUACCAAGUAACCACUUGCAGUGACCUAUAGACAAUCGCAGGUCAUGUAAUCCUCUUUUAGUGUUCUAGAUGGACCAAGUUUCAACCCACAGUGACAUAGACCAUCCCAGACCACUACUCUAUACUUACGGUGUCAAUAACACAUAAUGUUUCUCCUGCCAGUGAGAACAAAGACUUUCCAGGGCCCCCGCAUGACUUGCAUCAUGACAGGAGAGACAUUCAAUUUGAAACAUUUUACCAAGAGCUCUUACCAGGGUACACAACUCUCCGGGUCCCUGUACCAUCGAACAGUGAUAUCUACAUUUCAUCGGAUAGCAUACCGCCUGAUGAUGGCCCUAGUGUCAAUGCUGUUGUUAGCGGUCAUGUGUGUAAUAUUUGCCGUCAGCUAUGUUUCCAUACAUAUGUUCCUGAGAUUUCAAAUCUCAUUUACAGUGAUUCUGCAUAAUGUACGGCGACAACCAAUCAAUUUCCGCUAUGCUAAUAGUUACUCACUUCUGUUCCUUCACAUAAUGUUGAUGUGUGUAGGUGGCUUUGGCUAUAUUUGUCUCAUUUACGUUGAUAUUUGAUUGAUAAGAUAUCUAGUACUAUCUAUUAAAUCAUUCUUUUUUGUUGAAAA